AUGAGUGUUUCUGAAGCUAAACCAAUUUUAAUUAUUUAUUUCACUCGUGAUGGACACAGUGAAAAAAUUGCAAAUGAUAUUGCAGCAGUUAUUCCUGCUGAUAAAAUUAAAGUAACUGAAGAGUUUAGUAGAACUGGAGUUGGGGCAUAUUUCACUAGCUUUAAUGAAGCAGUUUUUGGAAGUGAUAAUUCUAAAUAUUUAAAAACUGAAGUAUUUUCUAAUACUGAACAAUAUAAAGCAAUUAUUUUUAUUGGUCCAGUUUGGUGGUGGGGAUUAAAUGCACCAAUCAAAAAUGCUUGUAAUGAAGUAGUAAAGAAAGUCAAGGCUGACCAACAUGUUUUCUUAGCUCUUAGUUUUGCUGGUAAGUCAAAUCCAGGAGAUAAAGGAAGUUAUGAAGAAUUUGCUAAAAUUUUUAAUGGAAAAGCUAUUGUUCAUGAGAAGUAUCUUGGAUGCCAAGAAGAUUAUUAUGCAGCUGGAUCAUUAAAAGAUAAAGUCAUAACCUUUGAGAAUGAGGUAUUAAAGUCAGUAGGACUUCCAGAGCUUAAAGUAGGAGAGUCUCAAGAAAAUAAAGAAGAAAAUAAAGAGGAAGUGAAAGAGGAGAAGAACUAGUUAAUAAAAAGAAAAAUAACAAUUUAAUAUUUUCUUAAAAC